AUGUCUCCGCCCGUUCCAGACAAGAACAUCGACUGGUCGUCACUCGGCCUCGGCCUCGAACUACCCAACCGCGGGCAUGUCGAAGCCCGUUUCCACCUCUCAACCGGGAAAUGGACGGCCCCCGAGCUGGUCGCCAACCCCAACAUCUCCAUCAGCGGCAUGAGCCCCGGCCUGAACUACGGACAGCAGUGCUACGAGGGCCUCAAGGCGUUCCGCACCGCCGACGGACACAUCAGCGUCUUCCGCCCCGCGUUCCACGCAGCCCGUCUCCAACGGUCUGCCGAGGCCGUGUCCCUCCCGGCCCCCUCGCAGGCGCUGUUCCUCGCGUCCGUAGAGAGAGCAGUCGCGGCCAACGCCCACCUCGUCCCUCCCGCCGACACGGACGCCUACCUGUACAUCCGUCCCGUGCUCUUCGGCGCCUCUGCGCAGCUCGCCCUGGCCGCCCCCGAGGAGUCCGUCCUGGCCGUCUACGUGCAUCCCAUCCGCCCGUACCACGGCACCGCCGCCAUCGACGGCCUCGUGCUCGAAGACUUUGACCGCGCUGCGCCGAGAGGCGUGGGCGGCGUCAAGGUCGGCGGGAACUACGCGCCCGUCUGGCGCCACGCGGCCAGGGCCAAGGAGCUGGGGUACGGCAUCACGCUGCACCUCGACAGCGCGACCAGGACGUUCGUCGAGGAGUUCUCCACAAGCGGCUUCCUGGGGCACAGGACGGACGCAAGUGGGAGAAGCGUGCUGGUGGUCCCGCAGACGGAGAAUGCGAUUGCCAGCGCGACGAGCGACAGCAUGGUGCGGGUUGCCGAGCGAGAGGGCUGGAUUGUUGAGAAGAAAGAGCUUCCCUUUUCUUCCCUCUCUGAUUUGGAUGAAGUCGUGGCGGUUGGAACAGCGGCAGCCGCCGUUCCCAUUCGGACCAUCAGCCGGCUGUCCACGAACGAAAAGUUCACCUUCAACAGCGCUGGGGGGGAGCUUCUGCGACUCUCUUCCAUCAUUUCUGGAAUACAGCGGGGGACGCAAGAGGACACUGAACAAUGGGGGCACCCGAUCACCAAGUUCUGA